GGAUCCGCGGCGAGGGCGUGCGUCCGUCCGUCCGUCUGUGCGUCCGUGGGGGCGAGGAUGUCGUGCGGGCGGGGGCGCGGGCACGGACACGGACACGGACCCGGACCCGGCGGGGGCUGCCGGUGCGCGGCGGAGCACGAGGAGCCCCCGGCGGAGCGGGGCUUGGCCUACGGGCUGUACCUGCGCAUCGACCUGGAGCGCCUGCACUGCCUCAACGAGAGCCGCCUCCACACCGGCAGACUCGUCUUCAAGCCCUGGGACCAGCGACACGACCGCAGCAAGUUCGUCGAAAGCGACGACGACGAAGAGCUCCUCUUCAAUAUCCCGUUCACGGGUAACGUCAAGCUCAAAGGGAUCAUCGUGAUGGGAGAGGACGACGACUCCCACCCCGCCGAGAUGAGGCUGUUCAAGAACAUCCCGCAGAUGUCCUUCGGCGACACGGAGCGAGAACCCGACCAGACGUUCAGCCUGAACCGGGAUCCCACUGGCGAGCUGGAAUACGCUACAAAGAUUUCUCGUUUCUCCAACGUCCACCAUCUCUCUAUUCACAUCGCGAAAAACUUUGGAGCCGAAACGACGAAAAUCUUGUACGUCGGCCUGAGGGGCGAAUGGACCGAGAUUCGUCAGCACGGAGUGACCAUCUGCAACUACGAAGCAGCGGCCAACCCGGCCGACCACAAGAUCCAGCAGGUCACCCCUCAGACCCACUUCAUCUCCUAAAGGCAGCCCAGGAAGCCCGCGGGGCUGCCGGCGUCGGUGACCACGCGAGAGGGGCGGCCGCUUGGGGAGGAAGGACAAGGUGGAGGAAGGGAGGGGGCUCCCGGACCUCCGGAAGACAUUUACGUCUUGGGCCUCGCUCCCGGAGCCUGGAUGCGGUGGGUCUAGACUUUGGGCAGGGGGCCACGGGGGUCAAGGACAACGCCUGGACCUUAGAGCCUGGUGGACCUCGGUCCUUGGGCCUACCGGACCCCAGGAAGCCGGAGGCCCCAGUGAACAUGUGCUUUGUGAGCUGUGUCUUGUUGCUUUGGGGCUCCUUGGUGUUUUUCAUGUUGGUGUUCUAGCUGACGGGUCGCAGGGGGGUGGGUGAGUUUUUUGCCUUUUCAAGAUGGCGCCGACUGCCGUCAGUCACCUGGACUUCAGCUUGGACAGUCCCCCCCUGCCUCAUCACCUUUUCUGGGCCCAUCACAGGGUGGCUAGUGUCCCAGAGAACCAGGACUCCUGGGGGUGACCAGAGGCUCAGAAGGCAAGCGCGAUGCCCCUUCUGACUCUGGGCCUCUUCACCCCCUCCCCGGCAUCCCUCCGGUCUGGGGCGAGAGCGAGGGGUCCGUCCAGGCGGGAGGGGUCCCCUCGGGUGCGGGCGGCGGCGAGUUGGGGGAUCUCUGAAAGCAAGAGACGCCUGUGGGUGGGAGACGGGCCAGAGGGCAGGGGACUCCCGCGGUCCGGCUCCCGGCCCUGAACUUGGAACUUCCCGCGCCAGGCUUCCUUCCGAGUCACCGCGUCCCAUCGCCUCCUAAUAAAUCUGUGCCGGACUUCGGG